UCCGCCGGGGAUCUCGUUUAUUCGGGCGAUUUACGCGCGCGCACGUGUUCCUGUCGGCGCUAUCGAGACCGAGAUCGGGAUCCUCGGGAAACCGCGUCUUAUCGACCGCGAUAAUCGGCGGAAUCGCCGACCAAUGUCGAGCGUAGCGCGCGCGGUGCCACGCGGCCUGACGGACGAGAGCGUGGGCUCGGGCUCGGUGCGCGCUCGGCGAUUUUGAGGUUAUGUCGGCCGACGGAUUUCCGCGAUUUUCCUCGUGAUCGCGUCGGGACAUCGCGAUGUCGACCUCCAAGAUGCCGCGGAAGGACGCGGCGGACGAGUGCCCGAUCGCGUCGGAGCUGGCGAGGCACUUCCGGGCGAGCAACAAGAGCGGCAUCGUCAAGUGCCUCGCCCAGCUCAAGAGCGACCCCAAGCGCUGCAAGGAGUUCGCCAAACGGAGUAGCGGCCUCGAUAUCCUCGUCCAGCUUCUGCGCUGCAAGAAUGACACGAUGGUGAAUAUGAGCCUGAGCAUCCUCGCGGACGUUUGCAUGACCUUCGACGUCAGGGAAAAGGUAAAAGACAGUAAAAUUGGAAUCAAUGUAGUGCUCAUAAUAAAAAAUCUCAAAUUGGACACUAAGCUGCACUGCCGUGCUUGCAGACUCGUUAGUAACUUGUCUGAAUGUAGCUGGCACGUCAAAAAGUUGUGCGAAGCUGGAGUACUGAAAGCACUUGUACCGCUCCUAGAAUUAAAAACCAAUACACAAACUUAUUGCAUGGCUGUCAGAGCUAUGAGGAAUAUUUGGAGUUCUUAUGUACAUAUCAGGGAAACAAUGAUAGGAUUGCAGAUUAUCAAACUGAUCACUCAAUUAUUCGUUAUGGCUGAAGAAAAGUCUUAUGAGGACACUAAACACGCUGAAUUGGUGGAUGCGUGUUUGAAGGCUAUGUGCGUGUUUCUUGUCACCCUAGAUCCACGCUGUGGCGAGCAGAUGCAGGUAGAUAAGGACAAACAAGGUUACAAGUGUCUCAUGCGGUGCUGCAACAAGAGAAACAAUAAAAUGGCCAUCAAAUGCCUCUACAUUCUCUGCCAAAUAGCUGAGUGUCGAUUGGACUUAGGCAUUUCCGGGACGAUCGAAGAGAUCAUAGCUUUGAUCAACUCGGUAGAGAAUAGUUCUACAGAGCAACUGUACAAAGAGAUACUGAUUAGUUUGUGUCUGUUCUGUCGAGAAUCGGUAAAUCGGAAUAGGAUCAAGGACAGUGACGGAUUACAGCUGAUUAUAACACUACUGAACAAUUCCAAACACAAGUGUUAUCAUUCUGCACUGUUACAAGCCCUCGCACAGUUUAUCUAUGACGAUAAUGCUCUCGAUAUUUUAGCCAAACAUGGUAUAUUGGAUAUUCUGGUAACAAAAUUGAAAGACGUGAUUGCUAUAGCCGUAGACGACGACAAGAAUAACGUGUCUAGGAAACGUUUUAGCGAUUGUCCAUCCGAAUACCAGAAAACACCUUCAAAAUAUACUCGGACUUGCGUGGAAAGAGGUAGGUUUAGUAUGGACUUUUACCGCGAUGACUGGAGCCCGAGAAGUUUCACGAGCGCCUCCUCCUCAUCGCCACCCAGCACACCGCCUUUACCGCUUUGUUCCGAUUCCAAUGCGGAGACUGACGACACGGAGGAUGACAUUUACAGUCCAAUCUGUAGUGACACCGAAUGCGGCGACAACGAUGAAGACGAGGAAACAACUUCUCUGAAGAGCUACAAAUCGCUCACGACUACCGAAGCUGAUUUCGACUCGUCCUCAGUCAGCUCUGAAAAUCCCAGCAAGAUGAAUGCUUGUCAAUUCUAUACGUUAGUGUUGUUCAAUAGAUUGAGUCUUUAUCUCAAGCCAAUCGAUGAGUUGGCCGAUCCUAAAAUCAUCAAACCGCUGACGAAUUACAUAAAAUAUACGAAGAAACAAAAUCUUCAAAAAUACCGAAACACCGCAAUCAAGAUAUUAAUGAGAAUCAUGAAUAACACGGCGUAUUUCCUACCGCUAUUGAAGCAAGGCCUGGUAUUUGACCUCCAGACUCUUCCAGAAGCGGAGGAUUGCAUACGGCGUUUACGCAUGGUAGCGGAAACCGGCGGCGCCAUCGGCCAGCUAUCGUUUAUAUUGCUGCGCGGCGAAGAUGAGCAAAAGCUACUAACUGCGGUGUCGAUACCGCUUCUCAUCAAGACACAUCGCAAUCUCAAGUGCUUACUGGACAAAUACGGCGGAUUGCAAUUAAUAUUCCGCUUGCUCAGGGAACCAUCACACAAACUGCACGAGUCGGCGAUCUGGUCCAUCUGCCAGUUGGCAAGGACGUUGCAGCUCUAUCCGGCCGAUCAGUCGAGCACGAUCGCGAAAUCACUGAUGAAGGCCAGCGAGUCUUCGAGACCGCUUCUCGACGAAACGUCAGACAACACGAAGCCGACGGUGUCGUCGACGGUGACAUUCGAAUUGGAUGAUGGCACGACCGUAGAUGCGUGCAGGCGAAUGCUGUGUCGGCGCUCGGACUUCUUUUCCGCCAUGUUGGAAGGUAACUUUAGCGAGUCGGGCAAGAGACGAGUGCGAUUGAAGAACACAUCGCACGAUGGCCUGAACACGUUGAUACUAGCGGCAAAUGGUGGCGCGUUGCAGCGUGAAAACAUCGAAUCGUUGCUGGAUGCGACAGUGUUAGCCGAUAAAUUCCUCAUGCCGGAUCUGUUGGACGCGUUAACUGAAACCUCUCUAGCCAAGCUGGAUCACGAGAACUGUUGUCGAGCUUGGCGUUGGGCCAAAAGCUAUUCGUACGAAGAAUGGAGGACCUACUGCAUCAAAAGCUUUCUCACAAAACUGUCGUGGAGUGAAACAAUGCAGGCGUUUCGCAAUUUCUACGCUACUGAUACUUUCGAUGGCUUCUUGCAUGAAAUCAGGGACAUAAUCGAGUAUGCGUUGUGCCAAUAUUAAAGACGUUAAAUGAUUUUCGAAUUCGGAGCAGUGCAAUUACGACAAAUGUAGAAAAUUCUCUGAGGAUUUGUAGAAUAAAUUUUUUUGAAGAACGAAUUUUAAAAUUCUAGAUUGAAUUCUAGAUUGAAAAUGAAAUAAAUUUUAUGGACAUAUUGUUAUUCUGUUCAUUCUAUGAAAGCUGCUCUUCCGAGCAGAAUCUUUUUUGUAUGAGCAUGCGUCGUAUUUUUAAAUGUGAAAUUAAAUUCGUUCGAUAAAUUAUGUAUAUAACAUGUAUCAUUAUAAUUAUGUUUUAAGAUAUAUAUAAAGACGAUAUGUAUACGCUUUGCAUACAUUUAAAGCACAAUUGUAUAUAAUACAGAAAAAAUACUUAUUUAAAAUCUUUCCGUAAUAUUUAUAUCAUUAAAUUUAUUAUUCAUAUUACUUUACUACAGUGCUGUAAAUUUGUUGUGCUGUAGUAAAUUCCUUUGUCUCUUUCUUCUUUUCAGAAUGCAUGCUUUUGUAAGAAUAGAUGAAGCGAAAUAUCAUAAAGAGACAUCGUCGUGACAUGCCUGCGUGUUUUGUAAUAGAUGCAGAUAUUUCCAUAGUUGCUUAAUUUUAUGUAUAUGCAAUUAUGUGUAACAAUUCUUCUUUACGUUUGAAGAUAAUUAGAGAAUUAAUGCGCUAGUAUAUGAGAAUAUAUUAAAGCAUAAGCUGAAUAUUAAUGUUAGUUUAACGAGAUUACGAUAAAAGAUGUAGUUAAAAUAAUAGAUUGCUCAUCUCACUGAUAUCUCUUAUUUUAACUACAUCAUUUUCUGUUCAGUUUCUGCUUUACAUUACUUA